CGUUGCAAAGCUGAAUUAAAACGGCAGUAUAUCUCCGCUGAUUGCAACGAACACAUCGAUUGGAAAUGGAAUCGCAUACCUUUGUCUUGCUGCUGCUCAUUGGCUGCCUGAUUGUUGGCUGUUGUGUGGCGGCACCUCAGGGCUGCAACGGCGGCUUCUAUGCCAAAAACGGUAAUUUGGUGCUCGAUCUGAAGGACAUACAGGGCCUUCUUAACUGUGUUAACAGGCAGCAUCAACAGCGCGGAUAAUCGUAUAUUUAGUUCUAUAACAAUACACUGUGCAAUGCAAAAAAAAAAAAACACGAAAAAUGUCCAAUAAAAACCUCUAAGCCGACAAACUAUUGAUGGUAAUUGAAAUUGGUGAGCCUGUUUGCCAAUACACAACUGCUUAUGCAGGUGAAGUGGUCAUCGCACGCGGGUAUUGUAUAAACAACAUUGCGUAUGUGAGAUUUUAUUAGCGCGCACAUGUUGGGAUAGAAAAUAAAUAAAAGCAGAAAUAAUAA